AUGUCUCUGGACCCGCAGGGCGCCCCCGAGCGCGCGGAGGAGCAGGAGCUAUGGGCCCGUGAGGACAACAACUUUGAUGGGUGGGACGAAGAAGAUGUGCCAACGCGCGCCCUCUUCCCCGACGACGCAGCUACCUUUCCCAACGCGGAAGCCGCGCUGCAGCACGCCGCAGAGCAGGGGUGCGAUCUGCGGCAGCUCGUCGCGCGCCUCGAGCUCGACACGCUGCAGGUGAUCCGGCUCAUCAACUACAUCCGGCGCCCGUCGACGCAGCCGCGCGCGACGCCGGCGUCUAUUAUGCAGCUCACCGGCCACGAGCCGUUCUUGCGCGACGACGCGGAGCUGCAGCCGGUGCCCGGGUACGAGAACGACGGGCUCUUGCAGCUGGACCUCGCCGACGAGGCCACGGGUCAGGAUACGCAGGCCGAGCUUGCGAUGCUGCGCCAGGCGUACAAGGAGCUGCGCCUUCAAUACGCGGCCCGCCUGGGCAUCACGUCCGCCGACGCCGCGGACACGACGCCGGCCGUGGCACGUGCGCCCACGGGCGUCGACAAGCUGUACUUCGACAGCUAUGCAGGGCAUGACAUCCACCAGACGAUGAUUGCCGACUCGGUGCGCACGCUCUCGUACGCCAAGUUCAUCCUGUCGCCGGCGAAUGCCCACCUGAUCCGCGGCAAGACGGUGAUGGACGUGGGUUGCGGCUCGGGCAUCCUCAGUCUCUUUUGCGCACGCGCCGGCGCCAAGCAUGUACUGGCCAUUGACGCCAGCGACGUGGCUGAGCGCGCCAAGGCGAAUGUCGAGGAGAAUGGGUUCACGCACGUCGUGCGUGUGUUCCGCGGCAAGAUGGAGGAACUCGAUGACGUCCUCGCGCCGUGGGUCGGCCAGGUCGAUCUCAUCGUGAGCGAGUGGAUGGGCUACUUUUUGCUGUACGAGUCGAUGCUGCCGUCUGUGCUGUAUGCGCGCGACCGGUACCUGAAGCCUGACGGCAUCCUCGCGCCAUCGCACUCUCGCAUGGUGCUGGCGGCUGCCACCGACAAGGGCGUGCUAUGUGAGCGUCUGCGCUUCUGGGACCAGGUGUAUGGCUUCCGCAUGCCGAGCAUGACGCAGGGCCUCGCGGACGAGGCCGCGACCGAAGACGUCGAAGCGGCCUCGAUCGUCAGUGCGCCAGCGACGCUGUGCGACCUCCCUCUCGAGUCGCUGCCCGCGCGGCAGCCCGAGUUCGCCACACCGUUCCGGCUGACGAUCCACGAGCCAUGCACGGUGCACGGUCUGGUGUCGUGGUUCGACACGUGGUUUGCGCCGCGUGCACACGUGCCGUUUGACGAGCUGCCGCCUGUGCGGACGCCGCCCGUGCAGCCGGACGAAGUGCGCGGCCUUGACUUGCAGCGCAACGAAGUUGUGCCCGAGAGCGAGUCGACGCCGGGCGAGGUCGUCUCGUUCACCACGUCGCCGUUCGGCAAGCCGACGCACUGGAAGCAGACCAUCUUCUUGCUCAAGACGCCCGUGGAGGCGCAGGCAGGCACCACGAUCGAUGGCGAGAUGCGCGUGUAUGCGUCGAAAACGAACGAGCGUGAGCUCGACGUUGAACUACACUAUGGCGUCGACGAGCGGCCGGCCGGCACAAAGCGCGUGGCGACGCGUCUGAUCCAGGUGUACUCGGUGCGCUAA